GGGAAUCACCUGUUCUCCAGGGAUGCGCAGGAUCGCUCGUCGCAAUCCGGAGGAUCUCUUUCGGCCGAUCGUCGCGUUCGGUUUAGGGAUCGCGGGGGCGGAAGGAGUAACCGUUCGCUCGGUGGUCGUCAAGGUGUGGAGGAGACGAGGGGGAUGGGUCUAGGAAGAGGGAAAUGAAUCGGGGAAGGGGGACCUCGUUCCCCUCGAUCCCUCCGCGCCCCGUAGCGCGGGUGGGCCUCAGCCGUAACCCGCGAAGCGCGAGUAGCAAAAGACACAGAGCUUCGACCUCCGGUAGGAAGGCAACAGAAACAGCAGCAGCAGCAGCAGCAGCAGCAGCGGCAGCGGCAGCAGGAACGUCAGGAACCCGAGGAGGGGGACCGAAGCGAGACCGACUCCCUCCGCGGGCCCGAAGUUCGCCGUCCGUCGACUAGUCCAGUACAGGACAGCACGCCUCCCGCCGCUGCACGCUUCAAGAGGUACGCAAGCCUAGGUGAGACUCUCACGGACUCUCGCCGAUCGCUGUUUCGUACCACUACGUUAAAUAUACCGACCAAAGUAACACGAACCUCCACCGACGUAUUCGCCUCCACGUCGCUUUACGCGGAGGGUUUCCCAGCAUACGCGUACUGCAUACAUAGGUACAUAUACCUACGGACGACCGGUAGCAGUCGAUCUGCGAGGAUCAUUGCUCAACGAGGCGGCAAAAAUAUAUUCCCGGGGUGGUACCUGUUCGAAUAGAAAAUAUCCGCGACACGGGGGAGGGAUAGAGACGUACGUGUGUCGGGGAGGGAGAGGAAAAAAGGAGAGAGAUCGAUAUCCCGCGAAUUCACGAGACUGUGACACACCACCCUGGACUUCGUUGAAAUCGUCGGUGCCUUACCGCGGUUCACCGAUACGGAAGGAUUCACCUGGUGAUCGGCGAAGAAGGAUAUCGAAUCGCGAUAUCGGGGCGAGGAUAAAACCCCCUCGCUACCGCGGUGGUCAAGGAGGGUGACGAACGUGUUGCGAUUGAAUUCAGUGCUUUUUAUCCAGAGGUUUCUCGUCCGUGAUCACCCCAUUUCAAUUGAAAUAAUUUCAUUCGUGGACUCGUUAAAAUUGUGCGCGUUAUCCAGUGACAUGAUGAGUGAAACGAUCGUUGAUAUGGAUAUAAUAAAAUCGUGUCGAGUGUGAGGUAAUUCGGACAAACGUUGAAAGAAGAGGGGUGAGAAAAAAAAAAAAAAAAUUUCAUCGGAAACAACGUCCAGUGCGGGUGCAGGAGGUAAAACUUUGAAGGGUAGUUCCCGGUGCGGUACGCGACAAGCCGGAGAUUCCCCGCGCGCGCGACUCCGGAGAUUUGAACGCUGGGGUAAGCGAGCGACAUCGAUAUCCGCAGUUCUUGGGACUUGGCCGCAUCGGAAUUAUAAACGUCCGCAUAAACUCUGGAUUUAUACGUACCAAAUAAACCACCGAGGCGCCGCGACGGCCCGCGUCUCUGAGGAGGCGACGCCGGAAGUGGAGACGGGGCGUCGAGGGCCUCGGAGGGCGUAGAGAGCCGCUGAAAAGAGGGAAGGAGGCGAGGAAGUUUGAAAAAAAAAAAAAAACAGAGCGAAAUCGGUGCACGGCUAUGAUCAGCAUGGAGCUUCCCUCGCACGCGACCCAACACGGCGGGCUUCACCUGGGCGAUUCCGCCCUGGCUGCCAUUCAUCCGCACCCCCAGGACUCCCUAGGGAUGCAUCACCAUCAUGCAUCAGGGAAUGCAACACCCGGAGGUAUGAAUGAGGACUCCGAGAAAAAACAUGACGGGAGCCACGGGAUGAACCAGGACGGUCACGGUGGGGUGAAUCAGCUCGGCGGCGUAUUUGUCAAUGGAAGACCUCUGCCGGACGUGGUGAGGCAGCGAAUCGUCGAGUUGGCUCACAGCGGGGUGAGGCCUUGCGAUAUCAGCAGACAACUCAGGGUAUCGCAUGGCUGUGUUUCAAAAAUACUUUCGAGGUACUACGAAACCGGGAGUUUCAAGGCCGGUGUGAUAGGGGGAUCGAAACCAAAGGUCGCAACACCUCCGGUGGUCGACGCUAUCGCCAACUACAAAAGGGACAACCCGACCAUGUUCGCGUGGGAGAUAAGGGACAGGCUUCUCGCCGAGGGCAUCUGCUCGCAGGACAACGUUCCCUCCGUCUCGUCCAUCAACCGGAUCGUGAGGAACAAGGCUGCGGAGAAGGCGAAACACGCGCACCAGCAGCAGCAGGCCCAACAGCAAGGUCAGCCCCAAGGUCAACCAGGUUCGGGUGGUUCCGUAUCGGUGAUAACGCACGCAUCGGCGACUGCCGGUGGUCACCCUGCGGCGACAGCGCCGAACGCCUACAGCAUCAGCGGUAUCCUCGGUAUCCCGGUGCAUCAUCAGGACCCCAACGGAAAUAGUAUCAAACGGAAACGUAGCGACGACGAUGAGAAUCGCGACCUGAACGACCACCCCGAGGAUGAUCUGAAGAGACAACGAAGUACCUAUAACGGAGAUCAGCUUUAUUCCAACUUAUGGUCGAGUAAAUGGAGCAUCAAGGACGAACACAAGCUCCUCAGUGAACUUGGCGGUAGUGGCGGCGGCGGAGGAGGAGGAGGAGGAGGAGGAGGAGGAGGAGGAGGUGGCGGCGGCGGCGGUGCGGGCGGAGGAGGAGGAGGAGGUAACGCGGGUACAAACGGUGGCGGAGGUGGUGGUCCAGGGUACUACGAACACGGGGGAUUCCCCGGGUCCGCGGUGGCCACCUCCGCCGAACUCUACGACUCCCUUGGCUCCAUCGGCACCAUGACGCAAGCGCAAACACCCCAUCUUUAUACCCCGCCCAUAGGGGGUACCAUAGGUGGUACCUUGACGCCGCUCGCCCCGUUGACGAUGCAGGAACUUAAAUUGAGCCAAACACUGGACCCGGCUAACAUGUCACCUUAUCACACCACUGGAGAGAACGGUGCCGUCGCAGUACCAUACGUUGUCGUAGGGGCCGGUGGGGGUGAGCAGAGUCCGCCGAUAUCGCUGCACAGCGAGGCGAACGCUGCCCCUGCCGCCCCCAAUACUCCCGGAGGAGAUCCGGGACUGACGGUCCUUCAGCCACCAGUUUCCCAGUCUCAGGUAUCGUCCGCCAUUCCACCGUACUCCGGUAUGCUGCCCAGCUUCGGACACUACGCAACCGGGGGUGGCGAUUACGCGUACAGUGCGGCUUACUCGCAGUAUUCGAGUGCUCCUUACAGUGGUUACGGAUACGGGACGGCGACAAGCGGGUUGCUCAAUUCGACGUAUUACUACUGCAAUGGGGAAACGCUGGCGUCUUCCCAUAACGCAACGCAACAAGGAGGCGGGGGUGGAAACGGAGUCGGUGUUGGAGUCGGUAUUGGAAUCGGUUGCAACAACACCGGUUCGGAUAGCAGUGCUGAAGUAGCGAGUCGUUCGCCUUUGGCAGCAACCAGGGCGAGCAGCGGAGCUAGUGCAGCAUCCCCUACCGGAAGCGCCUGCGUAAAACCAGAGCACCCUGGAGUCGGGACACCCACAGAUUUGUACCUCGCUUGAAAUGGUACACGAACGCAUCCUGCGGAGAGAAAAUAGGAAGACAAAGAACAGAAGAAUAGAGAAAAAGAAGACACAUUCAUUCGUCCAUCCAUCCAUCCAUUCAUUUUCCCAGCGCCCGAUUUCAUUCGAAGUCGAGGGAAAGGAACGAGUUGAAUUUCCACAAGUGAGAACUGACGCCAUAUCAUUGUCGAGGGGGAAAAUAAUUCAUCUAAUAUGUAUAAUCUAUAUUCAUAUACCUCCACUGAUCUCUCGAAGCAAAAACAACAAAAUAAAGAAACAAAAAAAAAAGCAAAAAACAAACAGAUCAACGUGAAAGAGAAAAGAAGAGAAAAAUAAUUGUAACUAUCUUACGAAUAAUGUGAAUAGGGUAGAGAGCCGGAGAAAGAGAAAACUAUUAUAUGUAUAAUGUCGAGAGUUACGAAUAAGAAGCCGACGCGACUCUUUGUUUCUGAUAAAAAUCGUUCGAAUUCAACAUCCUUUUCUCGUAUAAUCAUCAUCACAAUUACAUGCGCGAAAAGCGAAUUGUACGAUUAAUGAUAAUAAUAAUUGAACAAAAGAAACCAAUGAGCACAUAAGAUAAAGACGAAAUGAAAAGGAUUAAGUGACAAAAACAGAAAAAAAGGAAAAA